UUUUAUAAAAUAUGCAGCAGAGCAAACGAGCGGACAAACGACUGCAAGAGAAGUUGCCGUUGGAGUCUGCCGUACUUUGACUCCCUUAUAGCAAGUAAAUUUAAAGGAACUUAAAAUGGUUAAGGCAGUCACGAAACCCGCCGCCGAAAAGCCGCCGUCUGGCGGAUCGGUGCAAGUCAACCUGGUCGAAGAGAGUAACGUCGAAGUCGCAAAGGAACCAGUCGUGGUGGAAUUUACACGCACAGAACGACGAAGACCUCCGCGGACGUGUGUUUUCGUAACUCUCCUUUUAUUGGUGUUACUGGUAGGAUUCCUGGUUGUCUACUCAAUCGAGAAAUCGAACCGGGACAAAAACAGAUCCAUGCAAUGGAAAUAUGGUGAAGAUGGCAUCAAGAUUACAGAUCCUCCAAGAGUAUUAAACAAUUCAGAAUCCUCCAGUACAUUUUGGUGCGGCACAGACGAUGUUUCUUGGGAAACUCAGGAGGAAUUUUACACUUUGUCAGAUGCUAUCAGCCAAGAUGACAUCAUGGGUUUAAGGCCAAUUUUCAGGAAGGAUCUCCCACAUAAUUAUGUUGCAUACUGGGAAGCGAAAAUCAAUGGAAAAACUGGAGAAAAAUACGUGAUCAUCUCAGCCGCUAGACAGACGGGAGAUCAUCGUCUUGCUGAAGAAGGAUCUUUACCAAGUCCUUCAGACCUACUUACAGCCCAAGCCAACAGUCAUGGAUAUGGCUGUCACAGAGUCUAUCGCCUAAGACCUGAUGGUCUCAUGGCAUGUGAAGAUACUGAUGUAAACAAAAUGGUCGCCAUCACAAGGAACAUUGAUACAGAUUCUACCGAUAUUGAUUGGAGACACCUGGACAAACAAGUAACGAGAGAGUUACCCAACAUGGAGAGAGAAUGGAAAGAACAAGCUGAGCGUUUGAAAAAGACGCCAGAGUGGAACAGGUUCGAGUGGCUGUCCAUGGCGGUAGGGGACGUUAGCACAAAGCCUACAACUCUAGUUGAACCAAUCACAACCUCGCCAACACAGGAAUCAUCUGUUAACCUAGAAACGGAGUAUAACUUCGAAGUGGAAGAAACUGAAGAUGGUUUCAAAGCAGAGCUGGGACUGCAACCGGGCGACUCGGUUCGGAUUCCUCUCGGCGAGGGCUUUCGUGAUGUUCGUGUCAAGUUCGUCGGCCUUCGGGAUGGUGAUUGGAUAAAAGCAAAGAGCGGCAAGAAACGUUGGCAGAAACGACUUUGUCGCGUUUUAAGUGAUUUGUGUGAUAGUGACGGAAAUGUAGAUAUCAGUAUGGUUAGCAAACGUUUCUUCAAACUGACGAAGACGGGCGAUCGUUUUAUCAAAGUUAAAGUUGACGCAGACGAAAAUUUUGUUCGGAGAAACCUCGGUGGAAGGGAAAUACGUUUUAAAGUAGAACUGCGGACCCGUGGGACUCAGACCAUGGUUAUCAACUAUGGAAUUAUUUUGAAGAAUAGAAGGCAUCGGCGUGCUUUCUCCAACAAGCACUUUGGAAUACCACAUGAAGAGUUGCUCCCAAAGUAUCGUCAGCAUCAUCAUGGCCAGUGCACGACAGGUUCGGGUCCAGUGGCGUGGGCAAAGAUACUCGGUUACUUCAAUAAUAUGGCGGCUAGAACUUACAAUUCAAGUUAUCCACCACUGAACAAUAUGUUGGAUUGGCCCGCUCAUUUACCUCUAACAAUGGACGCAUCGGUAGAAAACAUGACGCAACGGAUAUUUUCCGAGCUUGGAUCGCAUUGUUCACACCAUGGUGGAGGAGUAACCUCCCCUGCUCACAUGGGGCGAAUCAAGAAAGCCUUUGAGAAAGUCCCGGGACGAGAGCUUAAAGUUAUUCAUCGAGGAUACCAUGAAGGCGAGGCAGGCUCGUGGAAAAACUUGAUCAUCGAUCUUCUGAAAAAAGGAUACCCAGUUAUUGUGAGUAAAGACAACAGUAAACAUGGCCAGCACCACUAUGUGGUUGUAACACGGAUCCGACAGAGUGCGAGGUAUUACAGUUUUUGUCACCGUCAGACAGGCGAAUGUUCGCCUUGGACCUUAAAGGAGGAAUCGCUGAUGUUUGUGCACGAGGAAGACGCGCCUGGUAAAUGGGAACCCGCCGACAUUCGAUUUAUGGCUGCAAUCUUUGAGAGAUGAACCGAACAAUCUCAAGUCAGUCUUAAUCAGCAGUAGUAAUCUGAUUGUCGCUCCUCGGGCUACACACGUAGGAUUUGUAUGAACGAUACGAAAAAUGAACGAUAAAACACGACGUUUCGACCAAACUUCGGUCAUUUUCAAGUGAAUAGUAAGAAUGUCAUGAUGAAUAUAUAUUGACUGCCUAAUUUAUGAAAUGUUUUUUAUCCAAGAACUGAGACCCGCUCUCGAUGUGCAGUCGGACUCAAUUCGUGCAAAGGUUUUUAAUUAGGUUUUUAAUUUUUAUUUGGUUUUUAAUUGGCUUAUAAUUAUUUCUUCUCUCUGUCUGUUCGUAUUGUCCGUUUACACUUCCAAAAAACUUUACACUUCUUACACGCAUAUAUAUAUAUAUAUUCAUCGUGUCAUAGAAUUCACUUUGUAAAUAUUGUAAUGUAACGAAGGCUUCGGGAAAAUUGCCUUGAUACAUAGGUAACUUAUAUUUGGUAAGUUAAAUUAUUUUUGGUCAUAUUUUUCAAGUUUUUAUUUUUUCAGUGUACGAAAUGGUGAUCAAUGGAAAUUUGUACUGUUGCUAUUUGUUGUAUCAAAUUUAUGUCCGCAGUUUAUCCGGUGAAUUUCAGUUUUUCGUCAAGCAGUGUUUUACUUUGUUUCGACGGCUGUUGACUUUUUUAUUACUUUAUCGUUAUUUUUGUAAUCAUUUUUUUCAGGGUUGACUUCAGAAUGUCCAUCUUUUGCGAGGCGCUUUUGCUUCCAUAGAACAGACUUUAAGUAUGCAGCUUUUGCGGAAUUUUUUAUGAGCAGUGUAUGAAAUAUCCUUCUUUACUGAAAAGAACCUUGUAUUUGCUUUUCGAAAAUCGAUAAGUACAGACUUAGGUCCUGAAUUUAACUGCCCCAGAUACCAGACACUUAAUUGUAAAACCUAUAUGAAAUAAAAUGUCCUGCUUAUUGUAUAUUUCAU